AUGUGGAGCAUCUGCCGCACCCAGCACGAGCUCAAAAUCCACCGAACUUUUGCCUUGGAAGCAGACCAGCCCCCUGUCACUCACCUGACACUUCAAGCGCAUCCGGUUAAACGCAUCCUACACCAUCUUUCUCCAUCAGAGAGCAAGACUAGCACGACCGGCUUGCAUUGGAGCCCUGCAAGCCAUUGA